CCAGCCAGGAAGGGGUUGCUGAAAAUAUAGAGCGAUUGUCCUACAUCUGGCUCUAAUAAAGCCAGAGAAAGGCUGAGAUCAAGCUGAAGUCCCUCCCACAAAGAAGAGUGGCCAAGCAUUCCAAAGCAGUGAGCUGGAACCAGCGCAGAACAACAGAAUUGCUGUGGAGUCCAGCACUGAGUCUCUUCCACAAUCACCAAGAGCACAAGAUUUUGGAAUAAAAAUCCUUAACAGUCUCGGGAUAGAGCCAAUGAUGGCUGGGAUUGUGGCCUGCAUCCUUCUUGGAUUUGUCACUGUGAUCACUGCCCAGCCACAAGCAGUUUUGGAGUAUAUACAAGGAAGGAUGGGUGUUCUGGAGGAGAGAAUAGCACAGUGGCAUGACCAGAGUAGUCGAUAUAGUGGAGAGCUUCGAGACUUCAAAAAUCAAGUUCUGAAAAUGCUCGAGAAUAUUGAAAAGGAACGGGAAAGUUUAAGAAAUGAGAUGGAGAACUCCAAUGUUCGGGUGGACCGGUUGGAGAGAGAGGUAGAUUACUUUGAAACGCAGAACUCUGCGCCAACAUGUGUGGAGAUCGAUGAAAAGUUGACAGAGCUUCAUGAUGCCAAGAAAAAGAAGAAAGAAAAAUAUGAGAAGAUAACAGGUUGCCCUGCGGCUGAUAUUCCUGGAAAAGAGGAGACAGAGGGGACAGAUGAGACGCUGAUUCCUCCAAUCCCCCGAAAACCUUAUUGCAGUGAUACCAUAUCUCAAGUUACUGCCAUGAAGAUUUUGAAACGCUUUGGGAGCUCUGCAGGUCUUUGGACCAAGGACCUAGCGGGCAAUUCAGAUCGGAUCUAUGUCUUUGAUGGGGCUUUUAAUGACACGGUGUAUGUUUUUCCCCGUAUGAAAGAAUUUACCCUUUCAUCAACCACACGCAAGGCAGCUAAGAUUAAGCUUCCAUUUCCUUGGAUUGGCACAGGACAUAUAGUUUAUGAUGGCAACCUCUACUAUAUCCGGCAAGGAAAUGAAUUUCAGGUCAUCAAGUUCAGCUUGGCCAACAAAACUAUUAUUGAUAGCGCUGUUUUACCAAUUGAACAGCAAGUCCCAGUGUAUGGUCUAUCAAAAUUUAAUUACAUAGACAUUGUAGCUGAUGAAGAAGGGCUUUGGGUCAUUUAUGCCACUAAAGAGAACGAGAAAAACAUUUGCUUAGCCAAACUGGAUCCAAGUAGCCUUAGCAUUGAGCAGAUGUGGGACACACCAUGCCCCAUAGAAAAUGCUGAAAGUGCUUUUGUCGUCUGUGGUUCUCUCUAUGUAGUGUACAACACAAAGCUUCCAAGUCGUUCACGCAUCCAGUGUGUGUUUGAUGUCAGUGGUACCAUAUCUAGUGAAAAUGUACCCAUUGUUUACUUUCCAAAGAGGUAUGGAUCCCAUUCCAGCAUGAAAUACAACCCUAGGGAGAAACAGAUUUAUGCUUGGGAUGAUGGCUACCAGAUGAUAUAUAAACUAAAUAUGAAACAUAGAGAUGAACUUAAUUAGAUGGCUAUCAGAAUAUUUCUGUUGUUUACCUUUGUCCAUUUAUCCAUUUUCAUUAUUGCUGUUCUGUGACAUGCAUAGUUGAAUAUGUUUGCAGUUUAAAAAGGACAUUGUCUUCAAAUUUAAGUGCCACCACUUGUGAUUCUUCUUCUUCUUAGCUUUGUAUUUCUGACCUUGUACACACUUAGUUCGUUACUUUUAAAUGUGUUUUUAACUGUAAAAUGCAUUUCCCUAUAUAAUGCAGCAUAUAAGGAAGCAUUCUUUACACUCAUUUUAAAUCACUGAUGGUAUUUGUGCCCCCCCCAUCAACAAGACCAAAUAUUGGCCUCAAAAGUCCUUCUGCAGAGAGCACAGUAAUUUUAUACAUCCCAAAUAAAAAUGUCACCCCCAUCUCUAAGCCAAGCACAUAAUGUGCCAAAACCCAGUUCCGCUUUGCUGAGUUAUUAGAAUCUGUAACUGUGUGAUCUGUUCUGAAAUAAGGAUCUAUUAUCAAGAAUAUUACGCCUGCUAAAUAGCAUUUAAAUAUUAAUUAAACCCAGAGGGACAGUUUUGCACCAAUGUGGAUUCAUGCAGCUUAGUUACCAUCAAAUAGAAGGGAUUGUUUUGUUAUUACAGAGGAAAAAAUAAAUCAUUUUUAAAACUUAGAUUUAUUUCUCUCUAUGGGAGAUGCCUUCCUGCAAUUCAGAGUCUAAUAUCUGCUAUCAUUAUCAUAAAGGUGCUAGACCAAUAAUAUAACAACCCUGAACAAUGGGUCAAAGGAAGGGUAACAGUUAUUUUGCUUUUCUGUUAGAAUAUCUAUCUGUAUAUAAUUUCCUAUAUACGAGCCGCACACCCUGAGUAAGAAAUUGAAACCUGGGUGCUCAUGCGUUAAAAAUAAAUACAGUCUCUGAGGUGCUGGCACUCACAGGAUUUGAACAAUGAAGCCAAAAGGUGUUGAAAAAACAAAGGUUUAUUCAUCCAACAUUUCGGUUUCUCACAGGAACCUUUAUCAAGGAAACACGGUGCAGAGUGGAAGUACCAUAUUUAUAGCCAAAGAGAGGCUAGGUGAUUAAAAGAGCCUGCCCACCUUGAUGACUCAUAGUAGUGGAAAACACACCUGUGAGAAUAAAAUGGCCCAUUGUAACAAUGGGCUCCUGUAUUUUGUAGCUUUCAAAUAGGCCAACUCCUAUACACAUACCCACAUCAGUCGUGGGAUCAAGGGGUAGCAAGUAAGUCGCUUGGCCAUGUCCCUGUAUCCUUAUAAACUACAGUAGAGGUGGAUCGGUCACCAUAAUAACCCCUUAGACUCGGGCAAUAUGCUUUAGAUAAUCCCAACUUGAAGGGAGACAUAAUAGACCAAUAGCCGCUUUGUCCGAGUCAACUGGUUGCAUAAACUGGCGUGGGUAUAUAAGGGGAGUACUGAACAGAUUGCAGCCGAAUUUCCAGAUAGUCCCUCCCUUAUGCAUAAGCCCAGGGCUAAGGUUAAUGUGUAAAGUGCAUUUGCCAUCUGUCCUAGCCACAUAUCUGUCUUGGGGACAAAGCAACAUGCUCCCAGCAUCAAUGAGGAGUGCCUAGACCUAAAACAACAUCAGGAGUCUCUUACAUGUGUCCUAAACCAGUGCAUCAGGUAAGACAUUGGUGUGGGUAGGGAAGGUAAAAACAAAGUCUGAGCAGUAAGAUAAGGGCAUAGCAAAUUCUAGAACAUAAGUGAAAAUAUUGAUAUGAUUCCAUACAGUCAAUAAUUAUCCAGUGAACGUGAGCAUAGCAUAAUAAACGUCCAUAGAUUCUAUAUAGGGCAUUACACAAUUGGCCCCCCGUAAAAUAUUGGCACAGUUCUAAAUGAAGCAACGGUAGAGAUUCAUUGAGUCCCCUGGGAGCAAGCUUAUCCAACUUGAAGAUCCAGAGUGCUUCUCUGCGGAGGAGGGCGUUGUUUCGAUCACCACCCUUGCUUAGUGGUGGUUGAUGGUCAAUGGCCAUACACUUAAAUGUCGGGUGCCCGUGGUUGUGAUUAAGAAAAUGUCUAGUCAAAACUAUUACCACGUUAAGGGAGCGCAUCAGUGAUCACCGCUCAGCUAUCAGCAAAGCCCUCAAAGAGGGCCAAGUCACACAGCCGGUGGCUAGACAUUUUCUUAAUCACAACUACAGGCUCCCGUAGUGUAUGGCCAUUGACCAUCAUUUUAUUCUCACAGGUGUGUUUUCCACUACUAUGAGCCAUCAAGGUGGGCGGGCUCUUUUAAUCACCUAGCCUCUCUUUGGCUGUAUAUUUUGUACUUCCUGUGAGGAACCGAAAUGUUGGAUGAAUAAACCUUUUGCCUUUCAUUGUUCAAAUCCUGUGAGUGCCAUCACCUCAGAGACUGUAAUUUAUUAUAUAUGUAUGGGCCCCUGGGCAGCUUCAUGAGUCUUCAGGAGAUCAGUGACGUGAUACUUUAUUUUUACUUUAUGAAAAUAAAAAUAUUUUUUGCCUUGUGGCUGCACCGAUAGAAAAAGCCACUGCUAUUUCAGCCAGUAGGUGUGUGUUUAUUGAAGUGAGCAUGCUAAGCUCUGUAUUUCAGAUACAAAGAUAAAAGCUGAUGCACUGUUAUAUAUUGAGACUGAUAUGAAAGUUACAUGAAAUAUUUUGUUCAACUUUUGCUUUUUAAAGGCAGAUUUGCAGUGCAAUGCCCUUUAGAAACAAAAACUGUUAUUUUGCUUAUAAAUGUAUCUGCAGUCUACAUAUAUGUAUUCACCAGAAUAUUUAUCAGAUCUAUGCACUGGCCUUGUUUAUUUGAUACAUUUACUUCUACUAGCACUCAGUAUUGGGGUCGUUUCUGAUAUAACCUAUACAAGCUGUGAAGUGCAGAUCAGUGGGAUUUACAGUAUGAUAGAACCCAUGCUGCUAGCCAAUAUCUUUGUAUAUCAGAAUAGAUUUAUUCAAAACAUAAUGACAAUGUGUGUAAACAGGUAAUUACUCUCUGAAGGUUGGCAUUCAAUGAGCUUUAAAUAAAAUAUUGCAGUCAUAA